AUGAGAGUACAAUUCUCGACAAGAGAUGUACUCAUAAGAAAUGUCGGUGAUUAUGAUGUAAAAAUAAUAGUUGGUGAAGAAGGUUCUUCUAAAGAAUUUUUAGGGCAUACGGUCAUUUUACGUACACGUUGCGAGUACUUCAAAAUAGCAUUAUCAAGUACUUGGGCUACCUCGGAAGACGGUGUAAAGGUGUUUGUGAAACCUAAUAUUCACCCAUUGGUUUUUGAGGCUAUUAUCGGUGUUGGACUGGACCCGGAUGUUUCAAGAUGGUCUUCAACUGAUUUUUCACUAUUGGAAGAAAGGAUGCGUAACUGUCUUCCACGUAUUAGAAUGAACAAUAUUGACAUGGAGGAAUAUUAUCAUAAUGUUAGACCAUUCAAAAAGAUAUUCUCACUAGAAAUUCAAGAAAGGAUUGAGGAAUACUAUUUUACUGGAAGGAAACUAGACAUAUCUUUUCAUCCUCGUCUGCCAUUUAUCAUUGAUUCUUGUUUGAUUAAUUACAAACACGCAGCAUUGUUUGCUCAUUGGAUCAACCGUAAAGAGGGCAAGUUAGUCACUCGUGAAAAGAAUCCUUUCAAUUUUCGGCUUUUAAUUCGUGGUAGUGAUCAUGGGUUUUGUGGAGAGGUUUUUGACAGAAUUAGAUUUGAGUAUCCCGCGUUGUUAGUUUUAAUCCUUACAGAAAGCGAAGAAAUGAUUGGUGGAUAUCAAAGAAUUAACAGCAAUUAUUGGAAAAUGUUUGGAUAUGAUUACGAUCGAGAUAGUUUCUUAUUCAGAAUUAAUAGAGCGGAUCUUAAAAGAUCAAUGAUCAGUAGAGUUAUACAGCCCAACUAUGCUGUGUAUAAUCAUAAUGGAUGGGGACCAUGUUUCGGAGAUGGUGAUUUAUGGCUGAGAAGGCAUUUUAGAGAAGCAGGCGAAUGUAAUUGCAAGAAGUCUUCAUAUGAAUUUCAGGUAACCCUCGAAGAAUCGUUCUUGGUAAAAGAGUAUGAAAUAUUUGAAGUAACAACUCUUUGA